CCCUGGUGGGCGUCUCACCACAGACUGGUCCCUGGAAGUGGUGGAGCUGUGUAAGAAGUACCAGCAUCAUACUGUGGUGGCCAUCGACCUGGCUGGUGAUGAGACCAUCAAAGGAAGCAGCUACUUCCCGGGGCAUGUGGAGGCCUAUGAGGUGGGCCUGUGGAAGGGGAGGCUGGCCCUGGGUGAGCUUCUAGGAAGAACUCACACAGAUGGGGAGUGGACCAUUCACAGGAGAGUGAGGAGGCUCUUCUCCCUCCCUCACCCCAGGUUCAAGAACGACCAGGCCAACUACUCACUCAACUCAGAUGACCCGCUCAUCUUCAAGUCCACCCUGGACACUGACUACCACAUGACCAAACAGGACAUGGGCUUCACCGAGGAGGAUUUUAAGCGACUGAACAUCAACGCAGCRAAGUCCAGUUUCCUCCCAGAGGAUGAGAAGAAGGAGCUCCUUGACCAGCUCUACAGAGCCUACAAGAUGCUGCCAGCUGCCUCUGCAGGGCAGAACCCCUGAAGACAGCAUGGCCCCCUCUCCAAGCCCUCACCCUGUGGAUGGAGUCUUCACAACUCUGGGAUCAAGCAACAUUCUUACCUGUAUUCCUUCCAGGAAGACUGAUUUUAAGAGCUACUGAUGCUCUCAAGCCUGUAUAAUCACAGAACUCGGGAUGGCUGCAUCUCUCUUCUGAUUAUGUGCCCUGGCCAGGGACCAGGGCCCUUGCCGAUGGCAUGGAUGAUUCUGAAACCCUCCCCCUAAGGCAAUACUUCCUGAAA